AUGUCAAUUGAUAUUAAAAAUAAAGAAAAUAAUUCGAAAUAUUGUUCUCAAUGUUUAUCAAAAAGUGAUAUUGAACAUGUUUGUUCAUCUCAAUUAUUAUCUGAUUCUGUUUAUACAUUAUCUGAAAUGGCUAAUGAACAAUUAAAUCAAUUAGAUACAUUUUCAUUAGCACAAAUUCAUGUUAAAUGUCAACAAGAUUUAGAAUUAUGGCAUUCAUCAGCAGUUAAUCAUCUUGGACAAAUAUUUACUCAACGUUUAGCUGAUUUAAAUAAAAUUUAUAAUGAAGAUCUUCAACCUGAUCUGGAAAAAUAUAAACAAAAAAUGAUUGAACAACUUAAAAAUCGAAUUAUUCCAAAAAUAAAUAAAAUUAUUAAUGAUCCAUCAGAUAAUAGAAAAAAAGCUGACCAAAUUCAGGUUGAACUUUUUUUUACUUUUUAUAAUACAUUUGAUAGGAUUACUGAUUUUUUUAAAAUUUAA